AUGACAAAGACUGCCACCUCGGUAUUACAAAGCACCUCAGCAAACGCAACAAACACAGAAAAGAGCGAUUAUAAACCAACUGUGACAAAUGACAACACUGUGGGAAAUGUAGAAUCUUCUGAUGGAAAGCGAAGACUGAGCCACGCUCACCAAGCAGCAAUAAAAGAUCCUGGAGAUUCAAGCGCCAAUGACAAAAGCAUCGACGCUCCGUUAAACGAGUCGAGGAGUCAGCUGAGACAUAAACCAGAGCAACAGUCUCUGCAAGAUCUGCAACUGCAGCAACAACAACUGCAACUGCAACCGCAGCAACAACAACUGCAGCAACAACAACUGCAGCAACAACAACUGCAGCAACAACAACUACCAUCCCCUAAUUCGUCCCAUCAUAGCAAUAAUAGCAAUUCCAACAAGGACGACCUGCCACAGGAUCGGAACGGAGACAAACACUCACCCACGGAGUCAUACAACAAGUCUGAUUUGAUGUUUUCAAAAAAAGACUUGAGCAAGUCUCGCACGCAGUCAUACCAAUCGGUUUUAUCGCUCGCCUCUUUGAAGUCCCUCAAGCAACACCAAAUACAACCCAUGACUUCGGCUAAUGCCACUUCAAACCAACCAUCUGGAAUGAAUGGACCAGGAUUACUUAGAAAUAACAGCACAAAAGGCCACAACAAUCAACUAACGAGAUCCAAUUCUGCUAUGAACACGUUGAAGAACUUUCAAUCUUUUAUUCAAGCUCCAGUCCUAUCAAGUUUAUCGACUCAAAAGCUGAAUGAGGAAUUGCAAAUUGGCCAGCAGUUACCAUUCCACGAUAAACCGACAGGGAGCAAAUCUAGACGUACAACGAACAACAGUUCAAGCAAUGAUGGAGACACUGAUGAGGCUACUGAAGACAACAACGAUGAAGAAAUUUUGUCACAACAACGAGAUUUGACUUUGAAUGCUUUAAAGAAGUUAAGUUUGUCUCCCAGGCCAAUUACAAACUCCGAAGACGUUGUUAUUCCCAAAGCUGCAGAAAGCGAGAGUAAGUUGAAAUCUAAAGGGCAGGAACCUUAUCAACCAGCUGAAGUUGAUUUAUCGUCAUUUGCCAGUCUUACAAGACAACCAAAGGUGACACCAAAAAAUCCCUCACUAUCCACUUCAUCCUCGACUCUUGCACAUGAAAAGUCAUCCCAUUCACAGAUUGGCACAAAGUCAUCGUUGGAGAGCCUACCAGAGGGUAAAAUCGCCAAGCCAGACGUCACGUCAAAGGAGCAUGACAUCAGCCAAUAUCAUCAUAAUUUGAGACAACAGCAAAUGGAUUCCCUUAAACUACAGACAGAUAAACUUACAAGAAAUGUUCAAGGAGAUACGCUGUUCCAAUUGAUAGACUCAUCCAAACAGGCUCCAGUCCAACAGCACGUACAAUAUCCACAUGCACAACAGCUUCCACCAUCAGCAUCAGCAUCAUCUUCUUCUUCUUCCUCAAGAGUACCUGCAGCUGUGAUUCCUCCACAGGAUAUCAAUACCAGAAGAAAGCCACUGAAUACGGCAGUGCCACAGCAGCUCCCUACGAAUAACUUGCAAGUACAGUGCCAUUUGCAGCAACCACAGCCCAACCCACAUCACAAGAACCCAAGUACAAGAUCUACAAGACAAUUGCAACAAAUCAAGGGUUUGAGAACACCCAUGUACAUUCCAGCGGUGUUGCGGAUGACGCACAAUGGCGGUUACGAAUAUCCCAAUCGAUCGUCAUCAAAUUCCCCAGACAUGGUUUCUACGCCACCCACAGCUCAAAGUCCCGAAAACAGCUAUGAAGCUCAUCUAAAAGCGUUUGGACAAAAGAGCAUAAACUCGUCGACCGCAUCAAUAAAGUCAACCGAUUCAUCAAGGUCAAUAGACUCUACCAGCUCACCAAAGUAUGGCUCAUUCAACAGAUUUUUGAGCACUGGAAAUCUAGGGAGGUCGUUUGAUUACCUGGCUAGUGCACCACCAACAAGGAGACAUUGGGUGAAGGAUGAAGCGGUGACUACGUGUGGCAUACCGUCGUGUAACAAGAGUUUUAAUUUUUUUGAAAGGCGGCAUCAUUGUCGAAAAUGUGGGGGGAUUUUCUGCAAAGAGCAUACUUCGCAUUCUUUGUAUAUCAAUCGAAUGGCCCAGUUUACCACUGGCGGAAGAGGAACAUUGUCAAAGGUGUGCGAUAACUGCAUUGGAGAAUAUAACGAGUUUAUUGAACGAGAAUUUGGUGUCAAUAUAUCAAAUACAAAACUGCCCUCUCCGAUGGAUUUGGGCCGCCAUGUUGAGAAUAACGUUAUCAAUGGAGUGGCUAGCCUGCCCAAGCAAAAUCAGACACAGCAGCUGUACAAGGAUCUUGAUAAACAUGCGUCGAGGCGGAACCAAACUGAUUUGAAAGGAAACAUAAUGAAUGGUGGUACUGGAGGUGGAGGCACAAAUAAUACCAACAGAGCUGACCCAUUAGUGGGAAGUGUUCCUGCAAACUGGACUUGGAGUUCCUUUUAA